GCUGGUUUCUCUUGAUGCUCCGGUCUGUGACAGGUCUGAGUGUUCCGAGCUCUGCUGAAUUAGCAAGAAUACAACAGUUCAGAAUCCUUUACAUUUCAAGUGAACUGUUCUAAUAAGAGCAAAUAAUACAGCGUGAGAGGCACGCUUGAUUCAGAAAUUCCACCAAAAAGGAUGAAGAAAAAUCGAGAAAGAUUCUGCAACAAAGAAAGAGAAUUUGUGUAUGCAUUCAAAGUAGGAAAAGAAUGCUUUGAACUGAGGGUGCCCUUCAAAUUUCCUGUGCAAGAGAACCCCAGUCAUUUGCAUGGACGUUUGAUGCUGCUGCACAAUUUGCCAUGCUUCAUAGAAAAUGACUUAAAAGAAUCUCUGAGCCAAUUUAUAGAAGAAGAAUCCCUCCAUGAUUAUGAUGGAGAUGCUGAAGCAGCCUUGGAAGCUGUGAAAUCAGGUGAAGUAGAUUUACAUCAACUGGCAAGUACAUGGGCUAAAGCCUAUGCUGAGACCACAUUAGAAUAUGCAAGGCCGGAAGAGCCUAGCUGGGAUGAAGACUUUGCAGAUGUGUACCAUGACCUAAUCCAUUCUCCUGCCUCAGAGACUCUUCUAAAUCUGGAACAUAAUUACUUCGUUAGUAUCUCAGAACUUAUUGGUGAAAGAGAUGUGGAGCUGAAAAAACUAAGAGAGAGACAAGGUGUUGAAAUGGAAAAGGUGAUGCAGGAAUUGGGAAAAUCACUCACGGACCAAGAUGUAAAUUCACUGGCUGCUCAGCAUUUUGAAUCGCAGCAAGACUUAGAGAAUAAAUGGUCAAAUGAAUUAAAACAAUCCACAGCCAUCCAAAAACAAGAAUAUCAAGAAUGGGUGAUAAAACUUCAUCAAGACUUAAAAAAUCCAAACAACAGCUCCCUGAGUGAAGAGAUUAAAGUUCAGCCAAGUAUGUUCAGAGAAUCUGUAGAAACAAUUGGAAGGAUUUAUGAGGAACAAAGAAAGUUAGAAGAAAGUUUCACUAUUCACUUAGGAGCCCAGUUGAAGACCAUGCACAAUUUGAGAUUGCUCAGGGCAGAUAUGCUGGACUUCUGUAAGCAUAAAAGAAAUCAUCGCAGUGGUGUGAAACUCCAUCGGCUGCAAACAGCACUAUCCCUUUAUUCCACAUCGCUGUGUGGCCUGGUUUUACUAGUAGACAAUCGAAUUAAUUCAUACAGUGGUAUUAAGAGAGAUUUUGCCACUGUUUGCCAAGAGUGCACGGACUUCCAUUUCCCCCGAAUUGAAGAGCAACUGGAAGUCGUUCAGCAGGUGGCGCUGUACGCCAGAACCCAGCGGGGCAGCAAGUUGAAAGAAGCUCAAGAUUCUGGGAACCAAAAUGGAGCAAGUGAUGAAAAGACUGCAGAGAGAAACUAUUUAAACAUUUUACCUGGAGAAUUCUAUAUAACACGGCAUUCCAAUCUCUCAGAAAUCCAUGUUGCUUUCCAUCUCUGUGUGGAUGACAACGUGAAAUCAGGAAAUAUCACUGCUCGUGACCCUGCCAUCAUGGGCCUCCGGAACAUUCUCAAAGUCUGCUGCACGCAUGACAUCACGACAAUCAGUAUCCCUCUCUUGUUGGUGCAUGAUAUGUCAGAGGAAAUGACUAUACCCUGGUGCUUAAGAAGAGCUGAACUCGUGUUCAAGUGUGUCAAAGGUUUCAUGAUGGAAAUGGCUUCGUGGGAUGGAGGAAUUUCUAGGACCGUACAAUUCCUGGUACCACAGAGUAUUUCUGAAGAAAUGUUUUAUCAACUUAGUAACAUGCUUCCCCAGAUUUUCCGAGUAUCUUCAACACUCACUCUGACGUCCAAGCACUAAAUGCAUAUGGACUGACACACUGGCAGAAGAGGAUCGUUAAACUCUCCAGGAACUCCAACUAUGCUGGAGUCCUGUCAAGCAAAAGUUAUCCAGAAAGAGAAUCUGCGACCUAAGCCACAACUCAAAUCAUGAUACGUGCCUGUUAAACAUCCCAGAAAUUAUCCAUGGAACAGAAUGGUAGUGAUCAGCCAGUGAAAUGUUUAUUCUUAAGCUCUUUCUGAAUGUCUCUCUCUUUCUCCCUUUCCUAUCAGUGAAUGUCAGUGAACUAAAACAUCCUGUUUAUCCCUCGUGGACACUUGCUCUAGGAUAGUGUUUACUAUAUUUCCGUCAACUUUUCCAAAAGACUUGACUCAUAGAGCAGGUACGGACCUUUUGUAAUCAUACAAAUAAUAAAAUCUGCCACUCCUUUGUUUGCCAAAGGAUUAUUUGCCAAAUCAAAAUUAAAAAGCACUGAAAUAAUCUUUGCAAGUAUGGGUUUCUUAUGAAAAUCCUUUUGUAGAAACAAAUAAAUGAAACAAAUGUGCUUAUUCUUUCAAA